GCAGACACCGCGUGGUGUUUUUGCAAGCGAUUCCCAUUUAUUUUCCUUUAAUUUGCCGUGGAAAAUAAAUAAAUAACUACAAAAAUGAGUUUGUACAACUUUAAAAAGAUAAUGGUGGUCCCGCCAGCAAAGGACUUUAUCGACAUUAUGCUGUCGAAAACCCAGCGCAAGACACCCACAGUCGUUCACAAGGGCUACAAAAUCUCGCGUAUUCGUGCCUUUUACACGCGCAAGGUGAAGUACACGCAACAGAAUUUCCACGAUCGUCUCUCGCAGAUAAUACAGGACUUUCCCAAACUGGAUGAUGUGCAUCCAUUCUAUGCAGAUCUGAUGAAUGUGCUUUACGACAAGGACCAUUACAAACUGGCGUUGGGUCAGUUGAACACAGCUAGGCAUUUGGUGGACAAUGUGGCGAAGGACUAUGUGCGUCUGCUCAAGUACGGCGACUCGUUGUACCGCUGCAAGCAGCUGAAGAAGGCUGCCUUGGGUCGCAUGGCCACAAUCUUGAAGCGUCAGGCUUCAAAUUUGACUUAUCUGGAGCAAGUUCGUCAGCAUUUAUCGCGUCUGCCUACUAUUGAUCCCUACUCACGCACCAUUAUCAUUUGCGGCUUCCCCAACGUGGGUAAGUCCUCGUUCAUUAACAAAAUCACGCGUGCCGAUGUCGAGGUGCAGCCGUAUGCGUUUACCACAAAAUCCCUGUAUGUGGGUCACACAGACUAUAAAUACUUGCGCUGGCAGGUGAUUGAUACGCCCGGCAUACUCGAUCAUCCGUUGGAGGAGCGUAAUGUUAUUGAAAUGCAGGCAAUUACCGCUUUGGCCCAUUUGCGUGCCUGUGUCCUGUACUUUAUGGACAUUUCGGAGCAGUGCGGUCACUCCUUGGAGGAGCAGGUACAGCUGUUCGAGAGCAUCAAACCUUUGUUCACAAACAAGCCACUCAUACUGGCCAUCAAUAAAAUCGACAUAUUAUCGGUGGAGGAUUUGCCCGCGGAGCGACAAGCCAUAAUCACCAAGCUGCAGGAGGAUAAACAGGUGCCUGUCAUGUUUAUGUCCACAGUGCAAGAGACUGGCGUUAUGGAGGUGAAAACAGAGGCUUGCGAACGCCUGCUCUCCUAUCGCGUGGACCAAAAGAUGCGCACCAAGAAGGUGGAUAACAUACUGAACCGUUUGCAUGUGGCAAUGCCCGCUCCGCGCGACGACAAGGUUCGAGCUCCAUGUAUACCCGAGCAGGCCUUGGCGCGCCUCGAGAAGAACGCCGCCAAGGCUGAACGUAAGCGCAAGCUGGAGAAGGAGAUUGAGGAGGAGAUGGGCGAUGACUAUACGCUCGAUCUGAAGAAGAACUACGAGGAAAUAGCCGAGGAGGAGCGCUACGAUGUGAUACCAGAGUUCUGGGAGGGUCGCAACAUUGCCGACUACAUCGAUGCGGAUAUUUUCGAGAAGCUCGAGGAGCUGGAGCGCGAAGAAGGUCUGCGAGAAUCUGGCGGCGUUUACGCUGUGCCCGACAUGUCCAUGGACGAGACGCUCAAAGAGAUUCGCGAAAUGGCCAAACAGAUACGCGGCAAACGUUUCGAACUGCGCGACGAGAAGCGUCUGUCAUCCAGAAAGAACAAGCCCAUCAUUCCGCGCAACAAGCAGCCCAAGGUGCGUGAUCGUUCCGUCAGCAAACUGGUGCAGACCAUGGAGGGUCUGGGCGUCGAUAUGUCCGGCAGCGAGAAUGCCAAUUUCACCAAAUCCGUGAUGGAUCUACGCCGUGGCGUUGUGGCCGUCGGCAGCAAGACAACACCCAAGCAGCCGCUGCUGGACAAAGAAUCCUCAGCGGUUGUCAAGAAGACCGGACAGCCACUGAAGCGUGCGCCAUCGCGCGAUACGCUCGGCAUCAAGGACGUUGCCAUCCGGAAGAAGGCGCAAAUCAUGGCCAAGCGCGACAUUGCCAAGAAGGUGACACGGCUGGGCCUCAAAGGCGAGGCGGAUCGUUUCAUUGGCACCAAAAUGCCGCGGCAUUUGUAUUCCGGCAAACGAGGCACCGGCAAAACCGAUCGCCGUUAAGUGCCUUAGCUUUAUCUCUAGUUAUCUUUAUAAUUCGCUGUACAAAUGUAACUUGAUCCUAUGCAACAUCUGCGCAAAUCAAAUGCAAGUUGUAUUUAAUAAAUAUUUAAAUAUCUUUUGGGAUAUUUACAGGAGAAAAA